AUGUCUGAGGACGACGUCGACAUGCUGGCCGCCGACGGCCAGGGCCCUGGAAAGGUCGACCGCGAUCGCCGCGCGCCGCGCUUUAGCUGGACGCCGGCCUACGAGGCCACCUUCUUCCGGAGCCUCUGCGAGAGCGUCCAGCUCGGCUUGCGCGAGAACAGCAGCUUCAAGGCCGAGGCCUGGGAGCGCGCCGCCCAGGCGCUGCAGGAGAGCCACGGCGCGUCCCCGACCAAGAACCACCUGAUCAACAAGAGCGAUAAUGCGCGAAAGCGAUUCCGGUUGUGGAGGGGCUUGCGCGAGGACCCGGAUUUUGUGUAUAACCCAAAGGCGAGGACCGUGACCGCGACGGAGGAGGCCUGGCGGGCACACAUAGAACGAGAACCGUUGUCGCGGGCCCUCAGAGGGCGGCCGUUCGAUCACGAAGAUUACAUGGAGACGCUGUAUCCCGAUGUCAUAGGCUCUGGGGGGGCCCCUAAGAGGAUCAUGAAGCCUAAGCGUCGGGAUGGUCAACUCGGCGAUGAUUCUGAGCUAGCUGGGCCGAACGCGUCCAUCCUGUCGACUGAUCAGGCCGUAACAGGCCAACAGUCAGGCGUGGAAAGCCCAGGCACCCAGUCUGCUGUCAACGCAGGCUCCGGCUCUCAGCCCGGUGCCACGACGCCGUCUUCUACCGUGCCAACCUUGGCCACCACACAGGGAAGCGCCCUGACGCCCCCGGAGGACACAGCAGCGCCGAGCAAAAAGCGAAGCCUUACCGGCGCCGACCUGGACGGGUCGCUGUCGGCCGCGAACACGCCGUCGCGGCUCGACACAUCUUCCCAGACCGUAUCGCUGGAAAAGCGCCUCCGCUUCUCCGCGCCUGAUGAUGCUACCGCGAACCUAUCGACAUCGCGGACGUCGCGGGGCGCCGACCACGCUUCGCUCGACGCCGACGGAGACCAGCUCAGCGAUGGCGGCGCGCAGGAGCCACAAUACCAGGGGGCGGCUCGGGGCAGCGGGGAACUGUGGCGCGAGAAGGCGGUUGAUCUUUUUUACAGAGAAUUUUCUGCGGAGGAGCUGGACCUGCAGGUGAGAAUCCCGCAGAGGCUGCUCGGCAAUGACCAUACAGCCAUGGUGUUCUGCAAGAUGCCGCCCCAGCCUUCCCUUCUUAAAACGUCUCGAUCCGCUGUCUGUUCCUGGCUGCACGACACCUCUUCUUCAUCAAAAUCCAAGCUUUACCUCACCACUGCAGCGUAUCACGAGCCUUCUCGACGUCCAAAGCAACCACCGCCAUUAAACUCUUACACAUCUGGGGAAGACUCAGCACAUCACACCAUUCAUUUUCUUGUGCCUUUACGCCUCACCACAAUCAACAUGUCAUAUGCCAGCGCCGCCGCCAAGGGCCCCAAGCAGUCCCCCUCAGAGGCUGCUGCUCCCCCCCCUCCUGAAAUCAUCCCCAACGAGUCGGCGUCGACGUCGUCGCUGAUCGACGUCGACAUGCCCAGCGUCCACACCGUGCCGUCCGAUUUCCUCGAGCAGGACGUGCAGACCGAGACCCAAGCCAACCGCCUCGACCGCGAGGCCCACGCCGCCCGCGUCAAGGCGGACCGCACCCGCAAGGAGGCAGCCGCCAAGGCGAAGAAGGCCGACUCGUGGCUCGCCAAGCAGGCUGCGCAGCUCUCGGACGGCGCCGCGUCCGGCAUCGCGCUCGCCAACCUCGCCACGUUUGUUGGCGUCGGCUCGUACCUCGGGUACAAGGCCUGGGGCCUGUACCAGAACGGCAACCUCGACGGAAAGACGGUCGGCCUGGGCGUCAGCAUCCUGGCCGGCGUCGGCGCCGUCCACGCGGUCGUGGGGGGCUACCUCUACCGCGGGAAGAAGAACUAG